AUGGCUCGCCCCUACCACCUGACCCUCCUCUCCGUCUUUUCCUUCCUGCUCCUCACUGGCCUUGUGACUGCUGAUCUGUCCGGAGAGAAUAAAGUCGGGAAGAUUGUGACCAUGACCGUCCAGUACCCGGCCGCGGGCUCACCGCCGGGGGAGAAGACCACGAUCUCAGCGCACUACGUUGACGAGAACGGAGGCGGCGACCGCCGCUUCAACCUCGACUGUGACGAUGACGAGCCUAAAUUUCUAGCUAAGAUUACAAUCGAUCUGCAGCCUCGGUUUCGCCAUGAAGUACCUUAUCACGACCCUGGAGGGGAUACGAGAUACGCGGGAGUCUCGAUCCGAGGUAACUAA